AUGACGUGGCCAUACGCCAGGAACAGGGACUUUUGGCCAUAUGGCUUAGACAUGUAUAUGGAACAAUCACUCGAAAUGAGUAGAGUAUUGGGAACUGCCGGUCUCGAAACAAGCAUUAGUCUAGCCGCCUCAUCCUUGUAUCAGCCCGACUGGGAUGCUAGCAUAUAA